AUGACAUCCAUCCACAACGAAAAGAACGUCACCUUCGCCAUCAACAAGGAAGCCUUUAUCGACAGCAAGACCAAAGCUCCCACCAACAACGUUGCUUCGGCUAUUGAAAUGUUCGGAGGAAAAGGCAAGAAGAGUCUCAUUCAACAGCAAAAGGAAAAGUUGGAAGAGAAAUGGGCUGCAGAACGGGCCAUCAAGAUGGUCAAGAAGAGCAAGUGGAAGGUUGGUGGUUCCGGCUAUGGCAGUGGCGUUUACAAGAAGCGUGUUGUGUUGGACUUCCAAAACAAGGAUGACCAGCAAAAGGUUGAUGGAGCCGAUGCCAAGAAACGCUUCGAGUUGGCAUAA